AUUCAUAUCAUGAAGAAGACCGUGGAUGCGAAAGACCUGAACUGAAGACAGAACCAGUAGCAAAAUGGAUUCAGUCAAAGUAGCAGUAAGAAUUAGACCAUUGCUACAAAAAGAAAGACAAAAUGGAAGAAUUUGUAUGUGGAACGCAAUAGAAAAAACUGUACAUCAGAGGGACGAAUCUUCACCGCUGUAUACGUUUGACUGUGUGUAUGAUGAAAAUGCAACCACAUAUGAAAUAAACGAUGAGAUUAGUUCACCCAUUGUGCAAGCUGCCAUGACCGGUUUCCACGGAACGGUAUUUGCAUAUGGACAAAGUGGUUCCGGUAAAACAUACUCAAUGUCAGGUGACAACAUGUCUCCUGGACUUAUUGCCUUAGCAAUAGAUGAGAUAUUUGAGUAUAUUAAUCAAGCACCAAACAAGGAAUUUUUACUAAGAGUCACCUACAUGGAGAUCUACAACGAAAAGAUAUCAGAUCUUCUGUCUAGUGAGGACAAAGUAAUCAAGAUACAAGAAAAUACAGAUCAUCAGAUAAAUGUGAUAGGUUUGAUAGAACAACAUGUUACUUGUAAAGAAGAAGUAUUUUCAGUUGUUAAACAAGGAGACAAUAGGAGAAGAACUGCAGCAACUGCACAGAAUGACAGAAGUUCAAGGUCACACAGUAUUCUACGAGUGAUUAUUGAGAGUCGUGAAACAGCAGAAGAGGAUGCUGUUAUGGUGUCACAUUUGAAUUUUGUAGAUUUGGCUGGUUCUGAGAAGGCUGGAGAUAAUACUGGUAAAGUAUUUAAGGAAGGCUGUGCUAUAAACAAAAGUUUAUUUACUCUUUCACAAGUCAUCAGUAAAUUAAGUGAGGGGGACGGUGAGGGUUAUAUUUCAUACCGAGAUUCUAAACUGACGCGUAUCUUACAGAAUGCUUUAGGUGGUAAUUCAAAAACAGCCAUGAUAUGUACGAUAUCUCCUACAUCUAUAGAAGAAAGUCAUUCUACUUUAAAGUUUGCAUCUCGAGCUAAAAAGAUCAAGAAUAAACCCCAUCUUAACGAAGUAUUUAACGGAGACGCAGCUUUAUUAAACAAAUACAGAAUGGAAAUACAGCGUUUACAACAAACAGCUAGUGAGAUGGGAGUGAAUGAUAUGUUAAUGGAGAAAGAUGAACUUGAAAGAAAACUACGAGAGAAAGAAGAGGCCCAGAAUGAACAACAGCGUCUGAUCGAGAAUCUACAACGAAUGAUCUGUGUAUCAUCUAGUAUCGGUAAUCCAGAUAGGAAAGACGUCAAGAAAAAAUUACGAAGAGAAACUUGGUGUGGACCCAAAUUAAGGAGACAAAGUCAUUUUCCUGCCAAUAGAUCUAUUCUGUCGGCAAUAGAUAUGGAUUUUUCGACAUUUGAAAUGCCAGAAUCCUCAUCAGUGCGCUUCAGAGAUCACACGACGACAGAUGAGUCAGAUUUCACCAUCUUGUCUAUAGAUAACUCUAUUGCACCACAGAGACGCAUCAGUGAGGAAGCAGAUCAAGAAAAAGAGGCGCUUAAAUUACAAAUUAAAGAAAUGGAAAUAAUGAUAGAAAAACUCAGUAACCAAUAUUACGAGAAAGAAGAAGAAUUUAAAGAAUUAAGAGAAUUUACGGUUUUAGAGAAAAGUAUUAUGGAUAAAGAAGUAAACGAGAAAGUGGAGGGUUCAAUCAAAGAAAUGGGUGAAAAGUUAAAUCAACGUGAUUUGUAUAUAAACCAAGUAGAAGCCGAACUUUAUAAACUAGCUGAUGAAAAGUCAUCUUUAAAUAAACAGUUAAAGGAAAAAAACGAAGAAUUAAAAUCACUUCAACAAAAAGUUGUUAAGACAAAACGAGAAUCGGAACAGAAAGAGAAAGUAAACCAAGAUUAUAUCACCAUGUUAGAACGUCAAGUUGAACAGACAGAAGCUAAGCUAAAAAACGCAGACAACGUCAGACAUUCCACAGGACAGUUUCUGGUCAACAAGAAUAAAAUCGUCGAUGACGAGGAAAAGACUAAUCUGAAAGAGGAAAUCAACAAAUUAAAAUCUCUUCUAGAAGAGAAAAAUUAUGAGAUCGAUUCUUUGAAAAUGGAGAACAUUGAACUGGAGAAACAACAGAACAAGGCUAGGGAAUAUAGAAUGAAACUUCAAGAGUUGCAGGAUUCUGUGGACAACAAAAACAACCUGGAUGAUUUUGAAAGUACAGAAUUGAUUAUUUCCUACAAGACUAAGAUAGAAGAAUUGGAAGCAGAUCUGGAAUUUAAGAAUCAGGCGCUUAGUAACAUCGACCUGGAGACAAAUAACUUUACAUCGCAAGAAGUUGCAGAAUAUCAAAAGAAAGUCGCAACACUUGAAUCAGAACUGAGUGAAAGCCAGAAUCAAAUUCAGCACAAGUCAGAUGCAUUAACGCUCAUAGAAUCAGAGAUCAUUCAGUACAAAUCUCAAAUCCAAAGUCUUGAGAAUGAAGUUGAGCAGAAAAAUAAAGCUCUCGAGGCCAUAGAUUUGGAAAAUAUGGACCGGUCAAAUUCAGAAUCUCAGACAAGGAGUCUUAAGAUCCAGAUCCAGACUUUAGAAGUAACCAUACAAAAACUCAACCAAGAUAAUGAAAGUUUGAAAGAGGAACAUUCAAGAGUGGAAGCAGAUCUGGAAUUUAAGAAUCAGGCGCUUAGUAACAUCGACCUGGAGACAAAUAACUUUACAUCGCAAGAAGUUUCAGAAUAUCAAAAGAAAGUCGCAACACUUGAAUCAGAACUGAGUGAAAGCCAGAAUCAAAUUCAGCACAAGUCAGAUGCAUUAACGCUCAUAGAAUCAGAGAUCAUUCAGUACAAAUCUCAAAUCCAAAGUCUUGAGAAUGAAGUUGAGCAGAAAAAUAAAGCACUCGAGGCCAUAGAUUUGGAAAAUAUGGACCGGUCAAAUUCAGAAUCUCAGACAAGGAGUCUUAAGAUCCAGAUCCAGACUUUAGAAGUAACCAUACAAAAACUCAACCAAGAUAAUGAAAGUUUGAAAGAGGAACAUUCAAGAGUGGAAGCAGAUCUGGAAUUUAAGAAUCAGGCGCUUAGUAACAUCGACCUGGAGACAAAUAACUUUACAUCGCAAGAAGUUUCAGAAUAUCAAAAGAAAGUUGCAACACUUGAAUCAGAACUGAGUGAAAGCCAGAAUCAAAUUCAGCACAAGUCAGAUGCAUUAACGCUCAUAGAAUCAGAGAUCAUUCAGUACAAAUCUCAAAUCCAAAGUCUUGAGAAUGAAGUUGAGCAGAAAAAUAAAGCUCUCGAGGCCAUAGAUUUGGAAAAUAUGGACCGGUCAAAUUCAGAAUCUCAGACAAGGAGUCUUAAGAUCCAGAUCCAGACUUUAGAAGUAACCAUACAAAAACUCAACCAAGAUAAUGAAAAUUUGAAAGAGGAACAUUCAAGAGUGGAAGCAGAGUUAUCUGCCAACAUGGCUGCCCUUCAGGAAAAGGUGACCGAUAAAAAUAAAGAGAACAAACAAGUUUCACAAGAAAUAGUUUCUAAAUCGGAACAAGACACCCAGACUGAAGCGUCAGAAGAAGUCGAAUCUUUGAAAGACAAUAUUGAUGAAUUAAAGACUGAAUUGUUGAAACUUCAAGUCGAAAAUAAAGAAAAAGCCAAGCAAAAUGACAACACUGAAGAAAUGGUGGCGAUAAAAGCGAAUGAAAUCGAAAACUUAAAUCAGCAACUUGAAGAAUUAAAGAAGAACAAUUCUGAGAACAUUUCCGUCUAUGAAUCACAUAUUGAAUCCCAGAAGUCAGAAAUCCAGAUGCUGAAAAGUCAAUUAGAAGAAUUGACUUCUUGUGAAAAAUGUGAAGUAGAGAUCCAAUGUGAUACUGUUGACGAUAAAACUGGUGGAACAUCAAGACUUGAGGAAGAAAUAUUUGCUUUACAACAUGAAAGGAAAGAUCUCCGAGAUCUAAUUGAAGAGCAAAAAGUUGAAAUGGAGGAUUUGAGAGAGCAAUUGAACACGUCUUCCGAGCAACAUACAGAAUUAAAAGAAGAAAUAAACAGCUUGGAAGAAAACAUAGCAGCCUCUAAUGAAACAAUAGAAAUGUUGAAUGAAAAAAUAGUGGAAUUAGAGAGUGAACUUGCAGAUCUGAGACCAAAAUGUGAAAGAGUGGGGGAACUUUUUUCAAGAGUACAAGAAUUGCAGACGGAACUUGACCUGAAAGAAACUGAAAUGAAAAAACUUGUAACAAGUCUCGAAAUGGCCAGUCAGAGAGACGAAAGUUUGAAGAAUUUGAAUCAGAAAAUAGCAGCGUUAGAAGCUGAAGCAGAAAAGAAGGAUGAAGUCAUCCAUUCCUCGAAGCAUUAUUCCGACCAGGUCACUCAGCUGAAUGGUGAAAACAUGGUCUUAAAAGAAAAACUGACAACAAUUGAGGCCGAACUGCUUUCAAAAACUGAGGAACUCGCAGAAACACAGCCCAGGUUAGCAGAAUUACAGAAAGAGUUGGAGAAUCUCCAGAAUGAGGUUGGUGACUUGCAAGACAUUAUUGAACGAGAAACAGAUGAGAAUACGGAGAAUAAAGAAAAAAUCACAAAUCUUCAAAGAGAGGUUUCUGAUCGAAGAGAUCAGAUAGAAGACCUAGAGGGACAAGUCAAACAACUGUCAUUGACAAAAAAAUCCCUGGAACACGACUACGAAAGAUUACACACGGACCACGCAGACAUGCUGUCAUGGUACCAGAAACAACAGGAAGAAGACAUACUCAAAGCAGAAGGUAAAGAUACAGAAUCAAUCUUGAAGGAACAGUUAUCAGAAUUACGACAAGAAUUCAGUGCUAAAAGAGAGGCCAUCGUUACUAUGGAAAUGGAAUUUCGUGAUACGUUAGCGGGUAAGGAUGAGGAACUGAGCAACCUGCAACUAAAAGUGGAAACAUUAACGACUGACUUAGAAGCUUUUGAUAAAACGAAAAAAGAGUUAGCAGACAUGACCAAUGAGAAAUGUGAAUUGGAACAAGAUAUCAAAGACAAUAUUGAACAAAUUGCGAUUCUGCAAGUUGAUUUGGAAGAGAAAACUGAAGCCAUAAAAUCCUUGAAACGAGAGAAUGAAGCUUUGUGUCAGGAUUCCGAAGAAUCCAAGGAACAGAUCACAAAAUUACAGAUUGACGUCGCAGAUGGUCUUGAGACAAUUACAGAACUGAAAAAUCGAGAAAGUGAAUUAGAAGCUAAAGUUCUUGAGCUUCAACAUGAUUUGUCCAUAAAAUCUGAGGAAGUUACAAGAUUAAAUGAAGGAAAGGCUUCAGAAAGUCAUUUCCAAGAACAGAUUUUAAAGUUGCAAAAUCAUGGAAGUGAAUUGGAAGAGCAAAUUGUAGCAUUAGAAGAAGAAUUGUCCACAAAAUCAGAAGAAUUGUCCACAAAAUCAGAAGAAUUGUCCACAAAAUCAGAAGAAUUGUCCACAAAAUCAGAAGAAUUGUUCACAAAAUCAGAAGAAAUUAAAAAUUUACGUCAAGAAAAAAUAUCUGAAAGUGAAUUACAAGCUCAAAUUACAAAAUUACAAACAGAAUUAUCAAAUGGAUUCGAGACAAUUACAGAAUUGAAAAAUAAGGAAGAGGCUUCACAUGGAGAAAUCAAAACACUGCAGGAAGAUUUACUGAAGAAAACUGAAAUUAUUUCGACGUUACAAGCAGAAGUAGCGACGGAUAAUGAACAAAUAACGAGGCUACGCAAAGAUUUAUUAGAAAGUGUUAACACUGUUGAUAGGUUAAAACAAGAAAGACAAUCAAAUGUGACAGAUGCUGAGCAGACGGAUAAUGGGGGGAGAAUACAACAGCUGCUUGACGAGAAAAAAGAAUUGGAAGAAGAAAAUCGAAAGAAAAUGGAAGAACAGGAAACUGAAUGGAAGAAAACUGUUAGAGAUUUGAAAUUAGAUCGUUUCUCUUUACGAUCGCAACUCAGUGAUGCCAAAAAAGAAAUUGCAAGAUUGGGUCGGGGUUUUGAUGCUUUUGAUAUUAAAAUUGCGGAAAUAGAAAAGGAAAAUGAAGAAUUAAUGAAGGAGAAAAAUGCUUUAGAAGAAACAUUUAAACAAAAACAAGAAAAAUGGGCUGGAUUAGAAGAAAGUAAUGCAGCCAUGUAUCGUGAAAUUUAUCAACUAAAAUAUUCACACAAUAAAGAAACAAUUGAAUUUGAAAAAAAAGAGGCUGGUUUAAUUGAUACUGUACAAUAUAAAGAUAGUGUUAUAAACAGAUUAAAAGAUCAAUUGAGAAGACAAGGUGAAGAUUUAGAUACAACCACAUGUGAACCAGUGAAACCGACGAGACCAGUAGAACAGGUAUUGGUAGAUGUAGGAACAGCUAGUGGUGUUAUAGAUAAAUAUACCGUCUGUAUGAUUGAAGCGGAGAAUAAAUAUCUACAAGAAGAUAAAGAUAAACUCAAGAAAGAGGUAGACGAGUACCGAACAGAAAAUGAAAAUCUCCAAGCAAAAAUACGCAAAUUGAAACAAGAGAAGAAAGAAAUCAUCAGGAUUCAAGAUAGUGAAAAAGAGAAUAUCAACAGUGAAAGUAUGAAUAUGAAGAAACGUAAAGUAUCAGAAGAAACAGAUGACGAAACAGAAGGUCCGUUCAGUCUUACCAUGGACAUGUUUACGAAGACAACAAAUAAUCCUCAUCAUCUUCUCUUCCGUAAUGAUAUGACGCCCGGAAAAUCAUCACCAAGUAAAGAUGUAUCCAACUGUAAAUCUCAGUGAAUGAACUUUUAUUUCUAUCUAAGCUUUCAAUUCUUUAAAAGAUCAAAGUUUCUUUUCAAUGAUUUUCAUUUCUUGAUCUGUCAAAGAGUUUCGAAGUGAUCAUUUUAUGCUAAUACUUCUAUUGUUUUAUUUGCUUGCUUUUCUAAUUCUGUGUUCUUGGUAAUCACACCAUGUAAGGACUGUAACUUUUGAGCAGUGAUGGUUUUUACCAUCUAGUCAAAAUGGACUCGUUUGAGAUGUCAGUAAUUGUGGAAAAUUCCACUUGAAGAUACAUUAUGUAAGAGCUAAAUCUUUCUUUAGGCCCGAAAUGUUAUAUAAACUAUUAAUUAGACAUUUAUUAACAUGACAAGACCAUAAUCAACUCUCAAUGCCAUCGGGUACAAUGUAUCUCCGAUAUUAAGUAGAUUAGAAAGGUUCAGCCAUAUUUUUAAUUAAUUUUAAAAUGGAAAAGCGCAGCUUACCUUCGAACAACUAGUGCGUUAGUCACAUAUUUUGUUAAAACUAGAACCAUUUAUAACUUCGCUCAAAAUUAAGUAAUUUGAAUGAAAUUUUCAAUAUAUUCAUUUUUCAUUAUCUAUUUUCUAAAUCUUACAUAAUGUAUCUUUAAUUGAUUUCUGCUCUGACCAACCCAGUCUAUGAAGGAUAGACAAAAACAAAUGAUGCAUUAGAUUUAGAAUGAGAUAUGUAAAGUAUAUCCAUAGACUGGAGGCUAGUGUAAUGUUAGGAUCUUAGUACUGGAGAAUAGUCUAAUGUUAGGAUCUUAGGACUGAAGGCUAGUGUAAUGUUAGGAUCUUAGUCCUGGACGCUGGUCUAAUGUCAGGAUCUUAGGACUGGAGGCUGGUCUAAUGUCAGGAUCUUAGUACUGGAGAAUAGUCUAAUGUCAGGAUCUUAGUACUGGAGGCUGGUCUAAUGUCAGGAUCUUAGUACUGGAGAAUAGUCUAAUGUCAGGAUCUUAGUACUGGAGGCUGGUCUAAUGUCAGGAUCUUAGUACUGGAGAAUAGUCUAAUGUCAGGAUCUUAGUACUGGAGGCCAGUCUAAUGUCAGGAUCUUAGUACUGGAGGCUGGUCUAAUGUCAGGAUAUUAGUACUGGAGGCUGGUCUAAUGUCACGAUCUUAGGACUGAAGGCUAGUCUAAUGUCAGGAUCUUAGUACUGGAGAAUAGUCUAAUGUCAGGAUCUUAGUACUGGAGGCUAGUCUAAUGUCAGGAUCUUAGUACUGGAGGCUGGUCUAAUGUCACGAUCUUAUGACUGGAGGCUAGUCUAAUGUCAGGAUCUUAAGACUGGAGGCUAGUCUAAUGUCACGAUCUUAGGACUGGAGGCUAGUCUAAUGUCAGAAUUUUAUAAUUAGUACCCCAAUCAACUUAUUGGGAAAUGUUUAAUACUGUGAUAAUUGUACCUUGCUCUGAGUAACCCACUCUUCUUACUAGUGUUUUGUUGUAUAAAUCAUAAUAUUUUCAAAUCAGUUUUCACUCCCAUCCCCCAUAUUGUAUUGAUUGUAAUUAUUUAAGUAAAACAAUGAUGUCUUUAAA